AUGUCAAUCAGAGCCUCAGACGACUGCGGGAACACGGUGGACGGGACACUGACCAUCGAGGUGACCAACCAGGAUCCGACUUUCAGCAACCUGGACCACACUUUAUCGCAACCCAAGGGAGACUUCUCCGUCUCCACGACUGUCUACACCGUCCUGGCCACCGACGUGGACUCGGGAACAGACGGAGACAGCGUGACCUACAGCUUGACCUCUGUCACGCCCACUGCCGAUUUCUCCAUCAAUUCAGGCACCGGCGCUGUAUCUCCGAGCACCUCGGCUCUGACACUAGGCACGUACACCCUGAGUGUGAUGGCGUCUGAUUGCUGUGGGGGGACGGCCAACGGGACGCUCACCAUAGAGGACGGAGACGACAUCACAUGUAGCGUAAGCUCCUCCCCUUCAGGUCCAUUCAGCACCAAAUUCGUGUACGACAAUGGAAACCUGACGAGCGCCGUGAUCCUCCAAGCCUCCCCCUCUCUCUCCGCCUCAACAACGUCAAGCUAUGAACUAACAGUGACGUGCCAGGACACCAGCAGCGCAAGCGAUUCGAACACACUAUAUGUCUACGUCACCCAAAACAGCGUACCCGUCAUCUCUAACCUGCAAAACAUGACGACCAUCUCGUCCAACUUGUCCUCCGGAAGUGAGGUCUUCAGAGUCUUGGCAACAGAUCCGGAAGGGGAUCAGACGUUCUUUUCUUUGACUUGUGUCACCCCUGCGUCUCCGUGCCCUUUCCAGAUUUAUUCUACAGGAGCGAUUCUCUUGUCUAGCUCUUUGACCGGGACCUCAACAGCUGG